AUGUCAGAGCUACAUAAAGCAUUCCUUAAAAGAAUAAAAGAACAAGAGACAGCUUUGGGAUUAUCGGGUUUAGUAGAUGAAGAUGAUAUACCAGAACCUGCAGUCAUGCCGCCGACUGGCAAUAGCAUCAAUGCAAACGCUGAAGACGAGACUAUUCUAAGAAAUUAUAAACAAUUUAAAGAAACUAAUUUUAUUCAAGAAUUCUAUGAGAACGAGUUAGGCUAUAAGUUUAAAACAUAUUAUAAACCUUCAAAGAAACCUGGAUCUGUACUCUUUUGUCAUCAUGGAGCUGGUUCUUCGUCAAUGACUUUCGGAAACUUGGUGAAUCACAUUGAAGAUGAGUCCGUGGGGAUAUUUUUAUUUGAUACUAGAGGCCAUGGAGAAAGUGUAGCUACUACAGAUUUCUCCCUAAACACAUUGGUACAAGAUGUAUCGUUUGUAUUGGAACAAUUUAUUUCAAAACACCAACAGAAUUCAAUUUUCUUAUUGGGCCAUUCAUUGGGGGGUGCAGUUUUGGCAAAAUAUUCUAUAUUAUAUCCUAAUGAUAUUCUAAAGGGUUUAAUAUUAUUGGAUAUUGUAGAGGAGGCAGCUGUGCAAUCGCUUAAUGCUAUGCCGCUGUUUAUUGCUAGACGACCACUCCUGUUUCCAUCAUUAUCUAAAGCUAUUCUGUGGCAUAUGAACUUCUUGUUAUUCAAUGAAAAAUCAGCUAGACUAUCAGUGCCCGAUUUGUUCACUGAUAAGUUGACCUGGAUAACUGAUUUAAAUGAAACCAAACCUUAUUGGCAGACCUGGUUUGCUGGAUUGUCAGAGAACUUUUUGGGUUUCAAAGGACCCAAACUCUUGAUGCUAUCAACCCAUGAAAGUCUAGAUAAACAAUUGAUGAUUGGACAAAUGCAGGGAAAGUAUCAAUUGGUCGUUUUCAAAAAUAACGAAAAAUCGGGGCAUUUUGUUCAUGAGGAUUUACCUAAUCAUGUUGCAGUGUGUCUUACAGAUUAUAUAAAACGAGCUGUAGCGCCUGAAAUAUUUAUGAAAGAAGAUUUGGGGUUUGUUCCAAAAUGGGGAGGUAAGAUAAACAAGUAG